CGGCCCCGGAGCCCCAUUGGCUGCCCCGAGGCACCCGGGGAAUAAAGCCGUGAGCGCAGCCGGGCAGCGCCCAGAACAGCGCCCGCGUCCCUCCCUCGUCCAGCUGCCCCUGCUGUUCACCCGCGGCGGCCAUGGCAUCUGGGGAGCCCCUGCACCUGAGGACCCCCCUCCGAGAGAGCAUGGCCUUGUCCAAAGAGGCUGGCACCACUGUCUACCUCAAGAUGGACAACGCCCAGCCCUCUGGCUCCUUCAAGAUCCGGGGCAUCGGGCACUUCUGCAAGACGUGGGCCGAGCGGGGCUGCAAGCAUUUUGUCUGCUCCUCGGCGGGCAACGCAGGCCUGGCUGCGGCCUACACCGCCAGGAGACUGGGCAUCCCAGCCACCAUCGUGGUGCCCCGCACCACGCCGCCCCUCACCGUCCAGCGGCUGAAGGACGAAGGUGCCACCGUCAAGGUCGGGGGCGAGGCGUUGGACGAAGCCUUCGAGCUGGCCAAGGCCCUGGCCAAGAACAACCCGGGCUGGCUGUACGUGCCGCCCUUCGAUGACCCCCUCAUCUGGGAAGGCCACACAUCGGUCGUGAGAGAGCUCAAGGAAGCGCUGAGCGCAAAGCCGGGCGCCAUCGUGCUGUCGGUGGGCGGCGGGGGCCUGCUGUGCGGCGUGGUCCGGGGGCUGCAGGAGGUGGGCUGGGGGGACGUGCCCGUCGUCGCCAUGGAGACCAUCGGAGCCCACAGCUUCCACGCCGCCACCACCGCAGGCGAGCUGGUGACGCUGCCCCGGAUCACCAGUGUGGCAAAGGCCCUGGGUGUGAACAGGGUGAGUGAGCAGGCCCUGAAGCUCUUUCAAAAAUACCCCAUCUUCUCUGAGGUCAUCACCGACCAGGAGGCUGUGGCUGCCAUUGAGAAGUUUGUAGACCACGAAAGGAUCCUGGUGGAACCCGCAUGCGGGGCUGCGCUGGCCGCGGUCUACAGCCACGUGGUCAGGAGGCUACAGGCCGAGGGCAAGCUGCAGGCCCCGCUGUCCUCCCUCGUGGUCAUCGUCUGCGGGGGCAGUAACAUCAGCCUGGCCCAGCUGCAGGCGCUCAAGGAACAGCUAGGCAUGAACAGCUGCCCAAGGGAGGACCCGGCCCGGUGCCCGCACCCUGAACAGGACUUGGGGUCUGGGGUGCACCUGUCUUUGGCGACCCCUUGUCCCCAGCGAGACUGUGAACUGGACAUCUUGGGGGCCGCAUGAGCACUCUGUGAGCGUCCUCGGUCACAACACACCAGGUUCCCCAGAGCAGGGUGGCACAGGGGUCCCCCAAGCGAGGUGACCCCAUCGCAGGCUUCCCGCACCCGACGUUGAGGAUCUGCCUCAUCCACCUCAUCCAUUCCUCUGGAAGCCCGGCUUCAUCCUAACUCGUUUUUCUAGUGUGCACUUUUUCACUGAGAGAGAAAAUACCUAUUUAUGAAACAAGAUCCUUGGAGAA